CCCAAGGCAUCUUCAUUUUUGUGUGUUGUUCAUUUAAGAUGUAUUGUUCCAGGUUUACAGCUCUUAUGAUUGCUCUAAUAGUUACCAUGUCAGCUUGUUUGUCUGAGAGCCGGGUUGCGAGAAAAGACCUUGGACUGGACCUUGGAGGCAUAGGGCUUGGGGUUGGUGCAGGGAUAGGGCUUGUCUUGGGAGGUGGUGGUGGUUCAGGAUCAGGAGCCGGGGCUGGUUCCGGUUCGGGUUCUUGGGGUUCGAGUUCAAGUUCUUCAUCAAGUUCAUCUGGCGGGUCUGAUGCAGGUUCAGAAGCUGGUUCAUAUGCUGGGUCUCGAGUUGGGUCAGGCCGAGGCCGAGGGAGAGGGAAUGGAAACUAA